AUGGUUGACGCUGGUAUGUCGACUUUCUGAAACCCAGGAUCCAAACCGGAAUUGGAAUGACGGUAACAGGGGGAUAUAUUGAGAGCACGAAAGAGGGAUAGACGAAGGGAGGGACAGUUUGAGCCCAUCUUGGAAAGCAUUUUAAAGUGAUGAAUGGGAUUACGUUUGGAUAGAUUCUCCUCUACGUGUUGAGCUAUUCGCCGCUGCCUGUUUACCUUGGGGUCUUGGUAUCUUCGUCAAACUCGGAAAUGAUUCUGGAAAGUUACGCGAACUUGGAAUACUAACUAUUUAUCUCUAGCUGACAAAAAGAAGAGAACAUUCAAACAAUUCUCCUUCAAGGGUGUUGACUUGAAAGACUUGGUUGAAAUGCCAACUGAAGAGUUCACCAAGUUGUGUGGUGCCAGAGUCAGAAGAAGAUUCUCUAGAGGUUUGGAUGCCAAGCCAAUGGGUUUGAUCAAGAAAUUGAGAGCUGCUAGAGCCGCCACCGAGCCAAACGAAAGGCCAGCUAUCGUCAAGACCCACUUGAGAAACAUGAUUGUGGUCCCAGAGAUGAUUGGUUCAGUUGUUGGUGUUUACAACGGUAAAGUUUUCAACACUGUUGAAAUCAAACCAGAAAUGGUUGGCCACUACUUGGGAGAAUUCUCAAUCACAUACACCCCAGUUAGACACGGAAGAGCUGGUAACGCUUCAUCGAGAUUCAUGCCAUUGAGAUAA